AUUUAAAUAGUGUUCAUUUCUUGGAAGAAACAAGUUCAUAACAAAAAUGAAUAUUUUACCUAAAAAAAGAUGGCAUGUUCGGACAAAAGAAAAUAUAGCUCGUGUAAGACGAGAUGAAGCAAAAGCUGCUGAAGAAGAACGAGUUAAAAAAGAACGUAUACAAAAAGCUGAAACUGAAGCACGCAUUGAUUUUUUAAGACAACAAGCAAGAACUAAAUAUGAUGGACGAGCUGAUACAUCUAACAUUAAAGCAGAAGUAUCUACUGAAACAUUAGAACAUGUUAAUUUCUUUUCUGAUCUUGAGAAAGGUAAAAUUGAUUAUAAUAAACCAAAUACAGAACACGAGAAAGAAAAGAAAGAGGAAAAAGAAAAAUAUGAAAAACAAAUUGGCUAUCUUACAUAUCUUGGACAAGAUACAAAUGAAGCAUUAAAAAAGAAGAACUGGUACGAAGAAUUACCUAAAAGAUUAAAUGAUAAGGAUGAGGAUAUCGAAGUAGAAAUAAGAAAAAAGGUUUUGCACGACCCUAUACAAGAUAUAAAGAAGUACUUAAACAUAAUGGGUAGUAGUCAUUCAGAAAAGCAAAUAAAGACUGAAAAAACUAAUAUUAAAAAGCGACAUCAUGAUUUAGAUGAUUCAGAUAGUGAUACGGAAAAGAGGCAUUCUGAAAAGAAAAAUAAAAAACAUAAGAAAUAUAAAAAACAAAAGAAAGAAAAAAGUGAUAUUUCCAAUGAAUCUUUAGAAAAAUCUAAAACUCCAACAAACUUAGAAAAAUUAAGAGCUGAAAGAUUAUUAAGAGAGAGAAAGGAGAAAUUAAGAGUGGAAGCAUUGUUUGCUAAAUUACGUGGAGAUCCCUUGCCUGCUACCAAAUCUGAAGAAACACCUAAACCUUCUCUUAAACAAAAAUAUAAUUCACAAUUUUUCCCAGAAAUUGCUAGACAAAAUGCAGAAAGAACACCUCGUAAUUAAUUUCACAAAUGUAUAUAAUAUGUAUAUAGAAUUAGGCACUUAACUUAAUCACUUUAAAUAAUUUUUAAAUUAUGCGUU